GCAGAACCAUACAGCUGCCUUUUUCAGUUUUGAGCGAGAGGCAGCGGGAGACUUCCAACUCCAUUGCCGUUCCAGUUUCCUCGAGCUCUCCGUUUGACACAGACAUCAGCUAGCAGCUCAAGGGCUCGCACAUCACGCGUGGACGACGCGUCGAUCGAGAGCGGCCAUGUAUACCCUCACCCCGCGCUGCCACCUCCCGCCGCUCCGCCGGUCGCCGCCGCCGUGCCAGGUCGCCUCGACGACGACGACGACGUCGCCGCCAUCGCUGUCCGCCCCGUCCCGCGCCGACCCGGACGAGCUGCGUUCGACGUGGCCGCAGCGCGCGUGGACGCUGGCGGGCUCGGCCGCGAUCCUCUCCUCCCUCUCCACGUCCGCCUCCCUCGUGGCCACGGGCUCGGACUCCCCCGCAUGGCCGCUCGCCGCGGCGCUGGCCGCCUACUCCCUCGCCGACCUCGCCACGGGCGUCUACCACUGGUUCGUCGACAACUACGGCGACGCCUCCACGCCCGUGUUCGGCUCCCAGAUCGCCGCGUUCCAGGGCCACCACCGCUACCCGUCCACCAUCACGCGCCGGGAGCCCUGCAACAACCUGCACGCGCUCGCGCGCGCCGCCGGGCUCGCGCUCGCCCCCGCCGACGCCGCGCUCUCCGCCUCGGGAGCCCCCGCGGCCGCGCACGCCUUCGCCGGCGCCUUCGCGGCCUGCGUCGUGCUCAGCCAGCAGUUCCACGCGUGGGCGCACGAGAAGCGCCGCAGGCUGCCGCCCGGCGUCGAGGCGCUGCAGGACGCCGGCGUGCUCGUGUCGCGCGCGCAGCACGCCGCGCACCACCGCCAGCCGUACAACACCAACUAUUGCAUCGUCAGCGGCAUGUGGAACGGGGUGCUGGACAGGUACAGGGUGUUCGAGGCGCUGGAGAUGGUCGUCUACUUCCGCACCGGUAUCCGGCCGCGGUCGUGGGACGAUACCGACGCCUCGUGGAUGGAGGUCACCGGAGCCGAUGUCGCCGCCACAGCAACCGCCGGCGAUGAUGGUUCGUUAGUACAGACGGCGAGCAUCAGCUCUGACUAACGGUAUGCACUGCUGCACAAUUGCAUUGCACAUAGAAGAAGUAUACAAGAAUGUUGAUCUCAACAGAACUUUUAUUAUCUUAUUAAUUCAUGGGAUAAAAGAAUCAAGACGGCUCUCAUUUGGAGGAACAAUGGCACUAAAUAAGUUGUAGACUGGAGAAAAACAAAGUUCAAUGACAUUUUUAUUUUUUUGGGAUUUGUCCCAACAAUAUA